AUGGUGGCGACAACUGCCUCAGCCACAGCCACUGGAGUCUCCAGUCUCUGCUACUCUUCCGGGUCGGGCCACCGGCAGAUAAGGCCCGCAAAGAAGGUCUCGGGUUACACAAAAUUCGCCAUCCACUACCCAAACUGCUUCUCUUCCACGAGGGUAAAAGGGUCUUUGCCUAUCCGAGCUCUUGACCCUCGAAGAGGAGGAGGAGAAGAAGAAGAAGAAAGUUCUGGCAUCGCUAACACUACAAGCGCUUCAAACUCUCAGGACGAUCUGGAAUAUGUGGGGAAGGUUGUAGCUGGUUCCAUUGUGGCUGCAGCUGUUAUAAAGUAUGGAAGCAUAGUUUUUCCUGAGAUAACCAGACCCAACAUCGUACAGGCUCUUAUCAUGAUAUUAACUCCUGUUAUUGUAGCCAUUUUGCUUUUGUUCAAGCAGAGCCGUGCAGAGGGGCGAAGCUAG